UCGCAAGACUCUUCAACUCUCGGCAGUGCGCAUGCGCGAACGGAUCGCACGGAACGAAACGAGACGAGACGAGACGAAACGGAAGGGAAAGAAACGGAACGGAACGGAGCGCCCCCGCGUUUUACGUUUUGCAUUUAGCGCUUUGCGUUUUUGCGCUUAUCAAGUGCCGGGAAUCGUAAACGGGUGAACGUGAACGGGAGUCCAGAAAUUCGGGCAGCUGUCGCGUGCAGUGGCCAAAAGGAGAGAAGGAGAUUGCGCCAAAUAAUGAAAUGCCCGCCGACGGUUGAGGCAGUGUCUGUGUGCUUUUCGAGCGGCCCGGCAGUGUGCAUCGAUUAUUUCAAAUGGCCAGCCAUCCCCAGCCCCCGCGGAAUGUCCCCAAUCCGAUGCAUAAAUACAAUUAGGCCGCGAGAUCGGGCCUGACCAUAGCCAAAGUUAAUUCGGUCCGCGAACCAGUUUCCGCUGGUGCGCAAAUAUCGACAGGCAGGCACUUCGCAGAUUUUUUUCACGAGCGCGCCAAGAAAUAAUAAAUACGCCUAAGCUCAAAUUGUUGUCAGUUUGUUCGGCUUUUGUUGAUUUAUGUGUGCGAUUAAAGGAAACAGCCACAACGCAGUCAGCCGAGAAACCGCAAAAUAAGAUAAUAAAUUCAAAUAAUGCCAAAAGGCAGCACCCCCGCCCCUCCUUUGUUCAAGUGUCACCAGUGAAAUACCUAUGAAUGCAAAUCAAGCGAACAGCAAAGGCAAAAGACAUCAGCAGAUAAAACGCCAGCGAUAAGAACCUCGGAUAUAUCCUCUGCCUCCCGAACAUGGAUAACCCAAAUCAAAUGCCCGUGGAGCUUGAAAGGUAAGUUGACAUACGACAGCCCCGGCGACUCCUUUCUCUUUGUUGGCACUGCCAGUCACAAUGGCAACAUCAACAUCAACAGAAACAGCAAAAGCAACAGCCAAAAAAACAACAACUUCUAACAACUUUUUGAAUUGUGUGAAGGCGGCACGUCAAUGCCAUUGAGUCCUAAGGUAAAUGGCGAGGGAAAUUCGAAUUCGAGCCAACUGCCUGGGCGGAAAUUACGAUGACUUGUCACACGAGCCGGGUUUUCCUAUCAGGUUUUUGGAGCAGUUUGGUGGGGAUUGUUAGCGAAUUAGCACAACAGCCAGCCUCAUAAAUUGCAAUUUACUGGGAGCCGAACAAAGUGAGGAAUUUUCUCUCUACUAGCUAUUGAACUAGCAAUGCCCACGACCUCCUUCGAAUUAAAUUUAGUAAGCACACGCUUCCUGUAGCUUAGUUUUAGGUGAUAAGCUCUGAUUCAUACAGUAUAGGAACUUUCUGUCAGAUAGUCACACUCUAUUACACUCCGAAACUGAAGCAAUCUUUGAAAAUGAGACGCACGCUGAAAUCUACCAUAAACACCCUAGCGAAGGUUGAUGGUCUUUCGGACGAAGGAGGAUCCCAUACGAGCAUUCACAACUGCGUGAUGAGCCCUGACGAGGGGCAGCAGAAUGCCAGCAACUAUCUGGCGGCCCAGACCCUGGAGGACCUUCUGAACGAGGUCCUGCAGGAUGAGAACUUCCAGCUGAAGCCAUCGUCCUCCUCCGUGGACCCGUUCCGCCCGGCGAUUCAGAAGUCGCACAAGAAGGUGUGUCUGGAGGGGGACGAGGACCUGGACAUGGACCCCCGGCUGCGCAACUGGAACCGCAUUUUAGAGCAGCGCCGGCGAAUCCAGGAGCGGAUCGAGCAGCAUACUGGAAAGCGGGCCGAGGACGUCCUCUUCAACCGCUCGGCGACCAUCGACGAGGCCAGCAAGCGGAUGAUCCUGCGGGUCCUCGACUCCGCCGACCGAUCCCGACCUCUAGUUCGACUGAAGGAGAACGCCACCUUGGACUCGCUGAAGCCGCGCCGCGAUCCCGAUCUCUGCCGCGACAUUCACGAGCUGUACGUCGCCAAGCCGCAAAUGCAGCAGGUGGAGUUCGUGGGACUGCCGCAGGUGACCCAAAAGGAGCUGGCCUCCACCGAGGUGCCUCCCACCGCGGUCGAGAGCCAGUGGCAGCGCUCCAAGGUCCUGGACCAGCGGCUCGAGGCCAAGAAGGAGUUCAUCCAGCAGGUGCUCGAGUUCGCCCCCGACCUCCAGAAGCUCCAAGUCACGCCGGCAGUUGGGGAGAGGGUCACCAAGUCGCCUCCGGUCACCAGGAUCGACGACGGCGAAAGCCUGCAGUUCACCGGGGAUUCCACUUCCGAAGAGGAGGAGGACGCGGAUCUGCUCGACCUGCUCUCCUACGGUGGCGAGGAGGAGGCUCCUCCAGAGGUGGAACCCGAAAAGGUCGGCAAGAAGGGGGGCCAAGGCGAGUUGCAGAUACAGGAUCUGGACGAUCCACAGGACACGAACGCACUGAUGGUCAACGGCAUGCUCCUCGAUUAUCGCAACUUAAGCGGGUCCCCUGGCAAAACAAUCAACAUGAUGCUUAAAUGUGAUCCUUACGAACGCUCGGUCAAGGUGCUUUUGGACAUCCAGAAUCUAAGUCCCAAGUUGGUGCACGUCUAUUGGCUGUCCAAAAACCGCCUGCGAUCCGACCGAAUGACCCUGCACUCCGAGCUGAUCUUCGACCGCACCGAGUUCAUCCUGGAGCCGCAGGGCCGCCGAGUCAUCCGAGUGAUGUUCCAGCCCGAGAUAGUGGGUCUGUUCACGCAGCGCUGGAACGUGUGCUUCGCCAGGUCCCCCUUUUGCGGCACCCGUCGGCUGGACGUGAUCAUCCAGGGGCAGUGCACCAUUCCGGCUCUGUUCCAACGGCGCCUCGAGGCCCACCAAAAGCUGCUGGUGGACAAGCAGCAGAAGUUGCAGGCGAAGGUCCUCAUCAAGCUGCACGCGGGCCUGGCUCCGAUCAUCGAGAAUCCUCCCCUGCUGUGUCCCUAUACAAGGAUCUUCGACGAGCGCGAGGUCUUCAACGCCCAGAACUUUUCCUACCGCUGCGAACGGUACGAGGACCUCGAGGCCCUCAAGGAUCUCUAUGCGCUGGCCAAGAAGCCGCGCGAUCGACCCUGGGACCUGACCAUCGAGUCCCUGCGGACCUUCAUCGGCAAGCAGGAGAGUCGCCUCCUGCGCGAGAGCCUCCACAACCAACUGGUGGAACUGCUCCAGCCGAUGAAGUGCAACAGCUGCUCGCCCUUCGCCAUCCUGGAUAACAAAUCGGAGCGGGACAAGGCAAGGUUCAUCUACGUGCGCGGCACCAUCAGCAGCACCAUCGACGAGUGGGAGGCCAUGGCCUGGGGUCUGGAUGAGCAGUUCUUCAAACUGGAGCUCCUUCGGCGCCUCGGCGAGCAUCCCAGCCUUCCAAGAAGCGGAGGAGUGUCCCCGAGGAAAGGCCUGCGCCGUCUGUCAGAAUCGUCCGAGGAGCAGGAUAUAGUGGAAACCAUUUCAAAGACGGUCAGGUCCUGCAAGUACCUGAAGGACUCGCUUUACAUGCACACCUACGAUCUGCUCUGCAAUGCGGUCGAGGACAUUGUAUCCGUGAUCGAGAGCACCGCCGACUAGGAUUCAGUCUUCGGAUUGCACCGAGGCGCCUUUUCCCUCUUUACACUAUGAAACUACCAUCAAAGGCACCUGGAAACGCAGUUCUAUUCACUCAGUUCUUCAGAAGUUAACAAUAAAGAUAAUUAUAUUUUUAAGUAAAACGGUUUAACAUUUACAA